AAGAGCAUUCUCUCGCACGUUUUAACCCUUCUCACGAGGAGCCUUCGCUCCAUCAAGACGCUAUCCGUCGCGUUAAAAGUCACCGACUCCGUGAUUACUCCGCCACCAGUAGGGUAGAGUUUAUUGUACGAUCGAGCGAUAGGCAAAUAGCAAGCAACUAGGUCGAAAGCCUGGAUCCUGGGACGCACCAAAGUUCCAACCAACCGAAAGGAGGUGCUGUAAAUGGAGGCGCAAUAGAUACGCGCGCUAGUACUGCUGGCUAUCGAACCGGCUGCUGAUAGUUCCAUAUGGUGUGAACCGGUUAGAGGCACAAAGCUCCCAUCGUCAGGGUCAUUUGCGAUGGGGUCCAAUGUCGCGUCGUGUCCCUCGGAGCUUCGUCUAUACUGCGUGUGCAACAAGUGUGACCGGAAGUAACUCCAACCGAUGCACCAUACACCGUUAGACAGCGAGCGCUGCUUCGCAAAAGGGAGCGAAAGGAGUAGUGUCCAUGAUUCACCGCGCGAUAAGACCCUCGGCUAUUGCGGUGACGAUCCGCGGCAAGUGCAAAUUUGCGUUUAGUUGGUAGUGAAGCGUUACGGCGUGAACAACGACAACGCGGCCAACAAGCGUGGCCAUAUCGGGUGUGCCCCCAAGAAACGUGCGUGUGUGUGUGUGUGUGUACGCUCCAAAACAAACCGCUUUCGCUUUCGGUCGAGUGUCGCGAUAAGGAACGAGAAAUGGUGGCAGAUGGUGCCCAGUUUGAAUGUAAAUUUGCCUGUUAAACAUGACGACCAAACCGGUAACAGCCACCACCAAGUCGGCCAGUGUAUUGCCAGCGCAGUCACCGGUAAAGGCGGCACGAACCGCGGCUAAGAACGUGUUUGAAAAUGGACGAGCGUCUUCAGCUGCCAGGUUUCUGCCAGUUACGUUCAAUAAUGACGAGCCACACUACGAGCCAUCAACUGGUCAACAGUAUUUCUACGACCUACGCAAGGCUUGUCUCGAUCGACAAACACUCUUCGAAGAUCCCGAUUUUCCACCGACCGACCAGUCCAUCGGCAUCCCAUCGAUCCAGAACGUCGUCUGGAAACGUCCCAAUGAAGUCAAAUCAAAUGCACGCUUCUUCGUGGACGGUGCCUCACGGUUCGACAUAUGCCAGGGUUCACUGAACGACUGCUGGUUACUGACGGCGGCCGCUAAUCUCACUACUUAUCCUUGGCUUUUCAAACGGGUCAUUCCGGAGGAUAAUAGCUUCGCUGGGGAAGACUAUGCCGGAUUGUUCCACUUUCGCUUCUGGGAGUUUGGCCGCUGGGUAGAGGUAGUGAUCGACGAUCGACUACCGACCGAGGGCGCUAGUGGAAAAUUAAUAUUCAGUCGUUCUUCCAAAUCGAAUGAGUUCUGGAGUGCGCUGUUGGAGAAGGCGUACGCUAAGUUCUACGGAUCAUACGGAGCGCUGAAUAGCGGAACGGCUCGUGAAGCGAUGCAGGAUUUGACCGGUGGCCUGACGGAGUUUUAUCAACCAAAAAAGCUGUUGGCAGGACAUCAGGAGGAUCAGCUGUGGGAGAUUCUGCGCAGUGGCUCAGCAGCUGGUUCAAUGUUUGCCUGCAAUUUGAAGAGUGAUCCCACGGGUGAAAAUGUGGCAACAAAAGAGGGACUCUUGCGAGGACAUUCAUACUCCAUCACCAAACUGCACGAAGUAGUCGGUCUGUAUAGUGACAACGAUCGAAUUCGUUUACUCCGUGUCCGCAAUCCCUGGGGUUCGGGCAUCGAGUGGAAUGGUCGAUGGAGUGACAAGUCCCGCGAAUGGAAGACACUCAACAGUGCGGAACGUAAGGGUAUUGGUUUGACGCUCGAGAAUGAUGGCGAGUUUUGGAUCGAGUUGGGCGAUUUUAUGAACCAUUUCGAUCGGCUGGAGGUUUGUCAUCUGUCACCGGAUCAGCACAGUACGGAAGAGGACGAGUCAAAGCUAACGCCUAGUACCGACCAGUGGCAACUGCACGCAUUGGAUGGCCAAUGGAUUGGUGAUACAACCGCCGGCGGUAACAUCACCAACCUGGACACCUUUCCCAUGAACCCACAGUACACGAUCCAUAUGCAGGAUUUGUGCGGAAAAUCUUCGGUAGUGAUUGCGUUGAUGCAGAAGCAUCGCCGCUCGGAAGCGUUGGACAGUCUAACGAUCGGGUUUAUCGUGUAUCGGGUAACACGAGAGGAUCUGCGUAUGAAGCCCGUACCGAAGGAGUUCUUUCAGCAGCACGAUCACGCUAUCGUCGGUGGUUCGAUCUUCAUAAACGCUCGUGAGGUAAGCUGUCGCCUAUCGCUUGAUGCCGGUCUGUACCUAGUGGUACCGUCAACGUUUGCACCCCGUGAAGAGGGUGAUUUUUUGCUGCGCAUCUUCACCGCACGGUGCAACACGCUGAGUGACAACGAUGCGAUCCUGUGCUUUGGUACGAUCGAUGAUCGUAUCACCGAGCAGAGCCAACUGUUCGAUACGCCACGCUGGGCCAUUUUGGCCAGCUCGUUCUACAAUCAGGCCGACAAAAACCAGCAAAUCGAUCAGCGUGUGCUGCAGCAGAUUCUCCAGAAACAUUUCUUCUCUUCCGGUCGCGAUAUGGAUCCGUCGAUGCGACGGGCGGAUGAUGCUAAAGGACGCACCAGCUAUCUACGAUCACGGUGGCCAAAGAUGGUUGCCUGUUUGAUGCAGCUUUGCAGCUGCUUUUGGUUAACACCCAGACCAUCCAGAGCGGAUGUACCGCCAUGCUCGGAUGACGAGUCUCAGUUGCUGGAGCUGGAACGCAUUGCGGAGCUACUCGUUAACCGUACCGUGGGUGAUGGUGAGCGGCGGCUUGGCUACGAACAGUUCCGUACAAUCGCACGUGAUGUUUAUCAGUGGGAAACGGCUUUUCGUCUUUACGAUACCGAUGGUAGUGGGACGCUCGAUCGCAAGGAAUUACGCCGGGCAUUGCAAUCGUCCGGUUUCAACAUCAACAAUCGUGUCCUGUGCAAAUUGCUGCGAAUGGUCGUCGUGCUGCAACGAACACAAAUCAAGCUGAUCGAUUUUGUGCUUUGCGCAGUCGAGUGUCGAUACACGAUAGACAUGAACCAUCGUGAAGAUUCGUGAGACUGUAACCGGUUCCAAGAUGAUGUACACUCGUUGGCUUAUACUUUAAUAAAGGUUUAGUCUGUUAACAUCGCAUGAUUUGAUCAUUAAACAACAGUAGCACUUGGGGCUAGCACCAAGGAUCCUUUGGA